AUGGAGGUCGAUAAUGAGGAAAUAAGUAAUGGGGGUGGGUUUUGGAACCCCAAGUAUUUAGAACAGAAUGACAGUAAUGGUAGCGGUGGUAAUAAUAAUAAUAAUAAUGACAAUAAUAAUUCACAAGGUAUUCAGUGGAAUCAAAAUUUUUUGGAUUCACAACCAAAUGUUGCUGCUUCACAAGUGAAUUCUAAUUUCAACAUGAAGAGGAGAAAAUCAAGUAUUAUCAUUACCCCUCCUUCCAGAACUGCUAAUACCAACCCUUUCCAGAAUAAGAAUAUCAUUAGUGAUGGGAAUUAUAAUAACAGUUAUAUAAGGAAUUACGACACCACUAGGAGAGGUUCUAUUGCUGGUUAUAAUUAUAGUCACGUUUCUAACAAUUCAGUAAGGUUCCCACAGCAACAGUUGGCACCACAACAGCAGCAACAGUCGUAUUACAACCAACCGCCACUAGGUGGCUAUUCCUUGCAGAAAAAUUUGCAUCGCAGUAAAGUUAAAGGUUUUAUUGAUCCAAAUGACCUGCAAAGAAGACAGAGUGUUGCAACGGUCAAUUAUGACACGAAACAGCAUAUAAAUAACAUCAAUCCAAACACAGGUAAGCCGUCAGUACAGAAUUUACAUGGGUCUUUUAAUUUCAGGAGGAGGCAAAGUGCUUAUCCAAUUUUCAAUGACUCAUUUGCUUAUAAUAAUAGUUCAGGUGGGAAUAAAAAAUUUUCCAUCCAGAAAAAUGAUCCCAUUAAUUUAAUUCCAACAAUGUUCAAUGUACAAUCUAAAUCAGAUUUAAAACCAACUUUAAAUAUUUUAAAAGAUGAUACAAGACGUGCUUCGAUCAAUUCUCAGAAAAUUUCUCCAUUGCAUGCAUUAACUUCCGGUUUAGUAACAACGUAUUCAUUAUGUUCUCCUGAUUUCCAAUACAAUUUAUCAAAGAAUCCCAAGAGAGUACUAACAAAACCAUCUGAACCAGCCUAUAAUAAUGGUUUUGAUAAUGUCAAUAGUGAUUUGAUUUUAUACGUUAACAGUAUUUUGGGAGGUGAAAAUAAUAAUGAAAUUAAUAAUACCAAAUAUUUAGUAUUGGAUGUAUUGGGACAAGGUACAUUUGGUCAGGUUGUCAAAUGUCAAAAUAUCACUACAAAGGCGCUCGUUGCCAUUAAAGUAAUCAAAUCAAAGUCAGAAUAUGUUAAUCAAAGUAUUUCAGAAGUAAGGUAUUUGGAAUUGAUUAAUAAAAAAAUCGAUCCAGAAAAUAAACAUCACUUUUUAAGGUUAUUUGAUACAUUUAUUCAUAAAAAUCAUUUAUGUUUAGUAUUUGAAUUAUUAAGUAACAACCUUUAUGAAUUAUUAAAGCAAAAUCAAUUUCAUGGUUUGAAUAUUAGAUUAAUUAAAAUUUUAACAAAACAACUACUAGAUUCACUAACAAUUUUGAAAAUGAAUAAAUUAGUUCAUUGUGAUUUAAAACCAGAAAAUAUUUCGUUAAUUUCUCCAGAUAAACCAGAUAUAAAAAUUAUUGAUUUUGGUUCUUCUUGUGAAGAAACAAGAACGCUUUAUACUUAUAUCCAAUCAAGAUUUUAUAGAGCUCCAGAAAUUAUGUUAGGUUUACCCUAUUCUUCAAGUAUUGAUAUGUGGUCCUUAGGUUGUAUAGUAGCAGAAUUAUUUUUAGGUAUUCCCAUUUUCCCAGGUGCUUCUGAAUUUAAUCAAUUAACGAGAAUUGUUAAUACUUUAGGUUACCCACCAACAUGGAUGUUAUUAAAGGGAAAAAAUACGAAUAAAUAUUUAAUUAAUAGAGUUUCAAGUUCAAAUGUUAAUGAUGGCAAUCCAAACAAUACAGUAACCCAAGUUAAUAAUUUUGAAUUAAAAACAGUUAACGAGUUUAACUUGGAAUAUAAUGCUAGUGAAAAACCAAGUAAAAGAUAUUUUAAGUAUGAUUCAUUAGAUGACAUUAUUAGGCAUUAUAGAAUUCCAAGAACUAUUCAAGGUCGACCUGACUUGUUAGAAGCGGAAUUAAAAGAAAGAGAAUGUUUAAUUCAUUUCUUACAUGGUUUAUUAAACCAAAAUCCAUUCGAAAGAUUUACUCCUCAAGAAGCUUUAAUGCAUCCAUUCAUUACAGGUGACGCAUUCAACAAUAAAUAA